AGGGAACGAGAGAGACUAGAAGAAGAUGGCGGUAACAGAAACCAGAAGAGAAGCAAUUGAUGACGAAAAUAGCUAAAAUUGUGGACGAAGUUCGGACAUCAUAUGCCACAUACAACCGUAAGCUCAGAGAACUCCGAACAGUCCAAUCAAAAUGUGAAUCCCCGGCCGAAUUCUUCUCUGUCUCAUCCAAAACUCUAAUUCCACUUUUCGGCGUCCAGAGACUUACUGUCUCAACCCAGCGCGCGCUUAGAUUUGUUUCAGCCUUAGCCGUAAACAGUGAUGACAGGUUUUUGGAGGACUUCUUCAAGUUCCUUUUGGUUGGUGCUGUAGCUGCCGACAAAACCGCUAGAUUUCGAGCUUGCCGGAUAAUUUCCGAGCUCUGUGCAGAAUACUUGUCUUACUCCAUUUCUGGAUAUCAGAGCAAGGCACAAUAAAAUUAAUGAGGAAGCUUUUGAAUCAUGUGUUUGAACCUGUAUAAGCUCAAAAGGAUCUUAUGAAGGAGUUGAGGCAGAUGGCUGAACGUCUUAAGGAACUAGAGAGACGUCCAGAUGAGGAACUCUUACAAGAUGAAGCUAAUACUAUAUUUGGGAGUUUAGACCCAGACUUCAAUCUGGAUGCUAGUGCUUCGGUUGCAGAGCCACAAACACCAGCCCCAUGCUCAACCAGACUAACCUGUUUGAGAAGACGAGUGAAACGUGAAUAUACUUCUUCUGAUGAAGAAGACACUGAAUCUUUAAUUCAAUCCAUUGUUCCCAACGUUCCCCAAACUACAAUCACCCCUGCUCACAAAGGGCAAGCAAGACUGCAGCAAUGACCAAGAUGACUACCAAAAUGGAUCGCAUCAGAAUAGAAGAAGAUGAUGAAGAGGAAAGCUCAGAGUCAUAGAUAAUCUCUGAUGAUGAUUCUGAUCAGCUCACCGAAUAACUGCAGUACUGUAAGUUAAUUUUCAACACUUCAAUAUGUUGUUGUGUGGUCCCCACUCGUGAUUAGCCUGUAAAAUGAACGUGAUUGCAUUGGCUGCGGAAAAUUCCAUGCAAUUGGUCUAAUAAAAAAAAAUUGCUUCAGUUUUGUGCUUAUCAUAGUAGUUUAUCUGUCUCUUUCUGUCAUUGUAGGGUUCGGUUUUGUAAUAAAUUGUGUAAGUGAUAUACUGUUCUAAUAUUCAAUGAUAUUACGGUAGAUGUGGACCAUUUAAUAUA